CUUAUUUGCUUACAGAAAAAACAAAUUUGGCUGAGGCGGCUUGUUGUGUUGUUAUGUUUUUGUGGACUUUAAUUAAUUUAAAAAAAAUGCAUUUAAAAACAUUUAUUAUUAUAUUAGGAUUUUGUUCGUUACAAUGUUUUGAAUGUUUUGUUCAUAAUUCUGAGUAUAAAUGGCCAACCAUCGGCAUUUCCGUUCUUGUUCGAAAUAAAGCUCACACUUUGCCUUAUUUUCUUACUUGUUUACGAAAUAUGGAUUAUCCCAAGGAUCGAUUAUAUCUUUGGAUGUAUAGUGAUUAUAAUGAAGAUAACAGUGUGGAAAUCAUUGAGACGUGGGCAGAAAAUUAUGCAUCUGAAUACAAUGGUGUGUAUAUAACUAAAAAUACUACAAGCCCGAAGUUGCAUUUUGAGGAAAAGUCACCAACUCACUGGAGUAUAGCGCGGUUCAGGCAUGUUAUUGCGCUUCGAGAAAAAGCACUUCAGUUUGCUAAGAACAUGUGGGCUGAUUAUUUAUUUAUGAUUGAUGCUGAUGUGUUUUUGACUGACAGAGACACACUUAAGAGUCUUGUGAGAAAGAACUUAACUAUUGUAGCUCCUAUGCUACUGUCUGACGGACUAUAUUCCAACUUCUGGUGUGGCAUGACAGAGAACUAUUACUACCAAAGAACAGACGACUACCAGCCGAUUUUGCGUCGAGAGAACCAAACUUGCCACGAAGUGCCGAUGGUUAACACUGCCGUCUUGAUAUCGCUCAGGCAUACCGCAACGGACUCGCUCACAUAUGACCCUAAGAAAAUGGAAGGGUAUAAUGGACCCCAAGACGAUAUCAUAGCAUUUGCUAUCAGUGCUAGGAAUAAAGGUAUCGCCCUGAAAAUAUGUAAUGACCACAUAUAUGGCUUCGUGCUUGUUCCUCUCGAGGAGACGGACAGCCUCGAGAAAGACAACGAGCAACUGCUUAACAUCAAGUUGGAGGCGAUCAGUCGCAGUGUGCCCCUGACUGUGGACUCUGCUUUGCAGAAAUAUGUCAAGUAUCCGGAGAAAUGGAAGUUUGGCUUCGAUGAGAUAUACAUGAUCAACUUGGAAAGGAGACCGGAGAGGAGGCAGAUGAUGGAAUUGAGUUUCAAAGAGCUUGGCAUGGAUGUUAAGCUGUUUAAGGCUGUUGAUGGAAGAAUAUUGGACUUGAAUGAUCUACGAGAGUACUCCGUCACACUGAUGCCGAAUUACGAGGACCCUUAUCAUAAGAGGCCUAUGAAGGCGGGUGAAGUGGGCUGUUUCCUGAGUCACUACUACAUUUGGGAAGAGAUAGUGAAGAACAAAUAUGCGAAGACUCUGAUUCUAGAGGAUGACGUGUAUUUUGUCCCUUAUUUCCGACACCGGCUGGUAGCACUAUUGGACGAGCUCAAGGACAUCAAAUGGGACCUCCUAUACCUAGGCCGGAAAGCAAUGCACGGUGGCGACGAAGAGUACACGACGAAGCACACAACUAGGCCGCUGUAUUCGUACUGGACGCUCGGGUACGCGUUGAGCGAACGCGGCGCGAGCAAACUGCUCGCCGCGCGCCCGCUCGCGAACAUGAUGCCCGUCGACGAAUUCCUGCCUGUCAUGUUCGACCAACAUCCCAAUGACACAUGGAAAUCCCAUUUCCCCCAACGUAACCUGGUGGCGCUGUCGGCCGCCCCGCUCCUGGUGUACCCCACGCACUACACGGGCGAGGACGGCUACGUCAGCGACACGGAAAAUUCCCACAUCGUACAACAGGACGAUUUCCAUAACGAGCUUUGAGACGAGACGUUAGAGGUAUUUGUGUUUUGUAUCGUUUUCUUAAGAUUUUGUUUGAGGGCGCUUACUGUUGAAUAGCGCCACCAUCACGUUUUAUCGAUAAUUAAUAUAUGUUAUCUCCGAUACAACCCAUACUAGGGAUAUCCACGUCUUAAUUAAAAUGAAUUGAUAAAAAUGCUAUGGUGGCACUUGUGCCGGGCGGUCCUGUUCAGUCACUAGUGCCAUAUUUGCGCCAUGUUCGUAAUAUAAUUUUAUUAUUAUUUUAUUUACGUUUGACCAAAAAUGUACUGUUAAGAUGAUGUAAAUACGGAGAAAUGCAUUUAUAACAUAGUUCCUAAAUAGAGGCGUUUUAUAAUAAGCGACCUUUAUUUAUUUAUAUUAAUUGAAAAUGUUUUAAAAGUUUAAAAAAUAUUUCAUAAAUAAUAUAAUUGUCAACAAUAUACAAUGCUUUAUGCUUUACAGUUAAAUUUUAUACAAUAAAUAGACUGAUUUACACCUAUUUACUAUAUGCAACUAAGUUUAGCUAAACAAAAACUUUUCUAGAUAAGUAACACAUUCCUAUAAAUGUAAAUUUUACUAAUCUAAUAUGUGUAUAUUUCAAAAUUUUUAUUCACUUCAUUGUAAUAAGUGAGAUAAUGAAAAAUAUGACUUGUAUUUUUUCAGCUAUUGCACUUUUAAUACUCAUGUUUAAUGUGACAAGGAUACCAUUUUGAUAUAACAAUACUUAAAGUUGUAUCGUUUGUAUUAACGUUUUUACAAAUUAUAUUAAUAUAUUAUUAUUAACAAAUAAGUUCUCUUUUGCCAUAACUAUCUUGUCAAAUAUAUUUUUUUCUAAUUUAUUAAAAUAUAGCUUAAUUCAA